AAUAAUUAUUUCAUUCAUUAUUUCAGCUGAUUAUGAUAGAAGAUCUAUCGAAAAAUAUCUUCCAGAUUAAAGCUUACUUUCUAAAGGCAAUAAUGACAAGGCUAUUCAUAAACGAUCAAUAAAAAACAGAAAUCGUAAACAUAAUUUGUACCAUGGAAAAAAGGAAAGCUGCCCAACAGUUUCUCAAAUUACUGGACGACCCAUCCGUUCUUAUUCUCUCUGAUUGGCUCAAAGUCAGGGGUAGUUUGAAAGGAUGGACCAAGCUGUUUUGCGUCCUUAAGCCCGGACUCCUGAUUCUUUAUACUAGUGAUAAGACUGAAAAGUACGGGAAAUGGGUUGGAACCAUAUUGCUAUCCUGUUGCCGACUGAUCGAAAGAACUUCAAAAAAGAUCGGAUUUUGUUUCAAAAUUUUUAAUCCUCUCGGAGAAUCUAUUUGGACUUCCAAGGGACCCAAGGGUGAAAAUUUAGGAGCUAUAACAAUUCCGUUACCCUCCUCCUCUCUCAUUUUCCGCGCGCCCAACGAAGAAGCAGGAAAAUGCUGGAUGGAUGCCAUAAACUUGGCCACUAAAUUUUCUAGCCUUCUCAUGAGAUCGAUGAAGACUUCUUCUCUUUCCUCAGUCGAUAAAUAUAAACAACCAAAUCUCGAUCCCCUUAUUCCCGACUUGCUGAACAGUGACGAUAACCAAGUGUUUGAACGGGAGGAAUAUAAUACGAUACAAAGUGAAAGCGGCAAAAUGAGACACGUCGAUGACACCUUCAAUGUCAAAAAAAUUAGGUCCAAGAAAAUUUCCGAGCCAUUAUCAACUCUCAGAGGUCCCGGAGAUCAUGAUGUCGAUACGCUAGAUCAUGCUUCCACGUCAUCCUUUUGUUUAGACCAUUUAACGGCUUCUUCUCCAUUACUUUCUCCUCCGACACGUGAUGAUCAGAGCAUGGAAGUUUCUGGUUGGUCGGAUCAUUCUUCUUCGCGUUCGUCUAUCGUAGCCACCUCAUCAUCGACGCCAUCUUCCAGAGGCGUGUCCCCCGCCGAGAGUUACAAUGCUGAGGAAGAAAAGGAGUCGACGGUCUACGUAGAAGAGGACAACGACGGGGAAACCGACAAAGAAGAGGGCGGAACAGGCGAAGCGACUCGAAGAAUUAUAGAGGAAACUCUGCCCGAUGAAAACAAGAGCCUUAUCUGGGCUUUGAUUAAGCAGAUGAAACCAGGGAUGGAUUUAUCGAAGGUAACGCUGCCUACCUUCAUUCUAGAGCCUCGAUCCUUUUUGGACAAGCUCACCGAUUAUUAUUAUCACAGUGACAUUUUAGCUCAAGCUCAAGAUAUGUCUGACCCUUAUUCUAGGAUCAAAAUCGUCACCAAAUGGUAUAUGUCCGGCUUUUACAAAAAACCUAAAGGUUUGAAAAAGCCGUAUAAUCCGGUGCUCGGAGAAGUUUUUAGGUGCAUGUGGAAAAAUCCCAAAAACGAUAGUAGUACUUUCUAUAUGGCUGAACAGGUAUCACAUCAUCCACCUAUAUCGGCAUUCUACGUCACCAACAGAAAAGAUGGCUACUGCAUAUCCGGAGCCAUUCUGACGCGUUCAAAAUUUUAUGGCAACUCCAUAUCCGCCAUCUUGGAUGGGUCGGCCAAGAUAACUUUACUUCCACGAGGCGAGUGCUACGUUAUAACUAUGCCAUACGCUCACUGCAAGGGUAUCCUCAUGGGAAAUCUGACGAUGGAGUUGGGUGGGAAGGUUUCGAUAACUUGCGAACUCACGGGGUAUUCGUCUCUCCUUGAAUUCAAACUCAAACCAAUGUUUGGAAGCGCUGAUUCUGCGAAUGCCAUAACCGGAAGAAUUAAGUUUGGCGAAAAUAAUACUCUGGCUAAGAUAGAUGGACAUUGGGAUGGGAAAAUAUUUAUCAAAGAAAUGGAAAAUGAGCUGGACCGCUCACCGUCCUCCCGCAGUGUUUUUUGGGACGCCACCAAUAUAUCGCUUCUUCUUUCCACUCGCCAAACUCGGUUCUUGGUUCCUUUGAAAAAUCAAUCCCCUUUCGAAAGUGCUCUCCUCUGGUCAGGGGUAAGUCAGGCCCUUCUAGACGAAGACCAACAGGCCGCUACGGUCGCCAAAACCGCGAUUGAAACGGCCCAGAGGGAAAAAAUUUUAAAUGCCCAAAACUCUCCUUAUCAACCAUACCUUUUCGAGGAUAUCACAAAUUUAAAAGACGAUUUAUCGGGGAAGGAAAAUAAGAAUAGUAGAGAUGAGAACGUAGCUAAUGCCGGUAAUGUCAACACAGAGGGUGAGAGAAAUGAUCGUGGAGAUUGGAUCUAUAAAUAUUGCGAUCUCAGACCAUGGGACCCUCACAAUGAUCUUUAUCAAUACGAAAAGGCUUUCGAAAUACUCACCAAAACCUUGCACAAACAACGUCCACUUCCUAAAUUAUCUCUUAUUCAAACCGAAAGGAGUUAUGUUAACGGGAAGGAAAAACUCGCUUAUAGAACAUCGAAACAAUUUUCCCGAAAAACCUUUUCGACCUCCAACGAUAACUUCUUGACCGAGCAGGAUGUCGCUUCGAUUGAUUAUAGGUCCCCUGUUAAAAAUCCUGCCCCAAAUUUUGAUUCGCCAAAUCCUUCGAAAUCUGGCACCGAUAAUAACGAAAAUUCUAUCAAAAAACGAAUGGUGAAUAAAAACGAUGCCAGCGUGAACCGGAAUUUAUUGACUUCAAAUAUCUCAAAUGCUAAUGGCCAUAAAACAGUAUACAGAAGAUUUUGGGAACGUCAUAAAGAAGUGCUAAUUGUCACUCUUUUAUUUUCCAUAAGCCAGAUAUUUAUCGUAUAUUACCUAAAGAAACAUUGAAAUUUUUCUUUCUCUUUUAUUAGCCUUGAACUUUCAUGAGUUUAUAACAAUAUAUUUAAAUUAUAUUUUUAGAAUUUUCUUCUUUUUUUUUGAAUAUUCUCUUAGAAACCAAAUUGAUGGAAUUAUGAGUUAUAUAUUACGAUUACUAGCAAAAUUUUAUUUUAAUUUACAUUUGAAAAUUAUAUAAUUAUUAAACUGGUAUCUUAAUAAUAAAUCUUCAGAGUGGUUUUUUUCUUCUUAUGACAAAUCUUUUCAAGCAAAUUUUUUAUCCAUCCACCUGCUUUUAGGAAAUGGGACUUAAAUUGUGAACAAGAUAACCUCACAUUAAUCAUCAAUGUUUAAUAUACUCACGUAUCACUUUUUUUGAAAUGUAUCUUUAAUUCGUUUAUUAUUUUUAAACAUAUUAUAUCUUUAAAAAAAAUAUUAUUUAUAAAUAGUGCAAUUUUUAGUUUUAAGUUAUUGCUAUAAAUCGUCAAUUUAAUUAUUUUUAUUUCAUUUGCUAAAU